AGGCAGCACGGGACUAGGUCAACGUUGGCGACAUCCGGCAGGGGGCGCCCUCCCCGUUCUGCCGGUGACAGGGAGGCUGCUGGGAUAAAGAUGGCAGCUUCCUUUUGUGUCUCCGCUCAGACUUCACUCUGAGGGGGUCUUCGCUUCACUUCCCUCCGCACCCACCCGGGUUUCCGUCGCUCUCCCGGGGCUUCACGCCGACAGUCGACCGAGGAGAAGAUGGAGAAGAGCGCGAGCAUCGACAGUCUGGGCUCCAAACGCUCCUCGUCACGUCAGCCGAGUGUUGAUUCAUUGUCCAGUACGUCCACUUCUCGCUCUGACCGUUCUGGCCAGGCCAAGACGCCCUCUGUCAUGUCCUCAGACUCUGUGUCCACCUCUGCUGAGUUUUCCCCGGAGCUCAGGGUCAAACCCAAACCUCCUGCCAAGCAGGUGCUUAGAGAUUCUGAGAAAGAGGAACUACAGUUACUUCCAAAUGAAACCGUGCAAGACAUGGCCCAAGACAUCACGUACUUCUGUCCCUUCACUGGAGCUCUGAGGGGAACAGUGAUGGUUACUAACUACAGACUGUUUUUCAAAGGCAUGGACAGGGAACCAGCGUUUGUGCUGGACCUGCCCCUCGGGGUGGUGAGUCGUGUGGAGAAGAUUGGAAGUGCUUCCAGCCGCGGUGACGUGUCCUAUGGCUUCGUUUGCAAGGAUAUGCGUAAUCUUCGAUUUGCACACAAACAGAUGGAGGACACACUCAGGAAGUCCAUUUUCGAGGUGCUGAUAAAAUAUGCGUUUCCUGUUUCCAACGGGCUGCAAAUCUUCGCCUUUGAGUAUGGACAAGUUUUUCCUGAAAACGGAUGGAAGGUCUAUGAUGCUGUCUCGGAGUACAAAAGACAGGGUAUACCCAAUGAAAGCUGGAGGAUAACGAAAAUAAAUGAUCAUUACGAGCUGUGUGACACCUACCCAUCAACUUUGGCCGUGCCCGUCAACAUACCAGACGAAGAGCUGAAGAGAGUUGCUGCCUUCCGAUCGAAGGGCAGGAUACCUGUUUUAUCAUGGAUCCAUCCUGAGAGCCAAGCGACCGUGACACGCUGCAGUCAGCCAAUGGUCGGGAUAAACGGGAAGCGCAGCAAAGAGGAUGAGAAAUACCUCCAGUCGAUCAUGGAUGCUAAUGCUCAGUCCCAUAAGCUGUUCAUUUUUGAUGCCAGGCCCAGUGUCAACGCUGCUGCCAACAAGAUGAAAGGGGGUGGAUAUGAAAGUGAAGAUGCUUAUCAGAAUGCAGAGCUGGUGUUCUUGGAUAUUCACAACAUCCACGUGAUGAGGGAGUCACUGCGCAAGUUGAAGGAUGUAGUCUACCCAAACAUCGAGGACUCCCACUGGCUCUCCAAUCUGGAGUCCACUCACUGGCUCGAGCACAUCAAGCUGAUUCUGGCCGGAGCGCUGCGGAUUGCAGAUAAGGUGGAGUCUGGGAAAACAUCAGUGGUGGUCCACUGCAGCGACGGUUGGGACCGCACAGCCCAACUCACCUCCUUGGCCAUGCUCAUGCUGGACGGCUACUACCGCACCAUUCGCGGCUUCGAAGUGCUGCUGGAGAAAGAGUGGCUGAGCUUUGGUCACCGCUUCCAGCUGAGAAUCGGUCAUGGUGAUAAAAACCACACAGACGCAGACCGUUCACCUGUUUUUAUUCAGUUCAUCGACUGUGUCUGGCAGCUGACCCGUCAGUUCCCUGCAGCCUUUGAGUUUAAUGAAUACUUCCUGGUCACCAUUCUGGAUCACCUGUACAGCUGUUUGUUUGGGACUUUCUUGUGUAACAGUGAACAGCAGAGGCUGAAGGAGGAGAUUCCCAGGAGGACAGGAUCUCUGUGGUCUUAUAUUAACAGCCAGCUGGAGGAGUUCACCAAUCCUCUGUAUGUGAACUACUCCAACCAUGUGCUGUUUCCCGUAGUCAGCCUGCGCCAUCUGGAGCUUUGGGUUGGGUACUACAUCCGCUGGAACCCACGCAUGAGACCUCAGGAGCCUGUUCAUCAGCGCUAUAAGGAGCUGUUGGCGAAGCGUGCCGAGCUGCAGAAAAGGGUGGACGAGCUUCAGCGAGAGGUGACCAACCGUUCCGCCUCCUCUUCCUCUGAGCGGGCGGGCUCCCCAACACGCUCCAUCACUCCAGUGCAGACUUUUGUUUGACCCAACUUGACCCUCAUUAAGCUGAGUCCCACUAGUGAGAAUGCCUCACCUGGCGCGUUGAUACACUAUCACCAAAAGUCUGAUGAAGCAGAUGACUGUGUUCGCAUCUCUUAGAGGUUCUGUAGAAUCUGCCUGCAGCAGAAGAGUGUCUGUCUCAGACCGCUUGGCCAAAGCCAUAUUGUUCUCAUCCUCCUGGGAUGAGAGGACAUGUAACAAGAAUAUUGGAGACUGUAUAGCACAUUCAACUACCUGCAACCAGUGUUGUUCGUAUUUAAAGUACACUAAAAUAUUACUCGGUUUUAAACAUGUCUGCCUUAUAUGUUUCUUAGCCACACUCACACGUCAUUCCUCUACACUGCAAAUAUUUGGAGUACAUGAUUUGUUGAGCUGAAGCAUUAGUGGAUAUUUACAAUACUUCAAAUAUUAUUUUAACGUCAAAUCUCUUACAUCAUCUGAAUUGCGUGGAAUUUUUUCAAUUCUGAAUUUAAAAUGUAGCUGAAGGGCUGUGAUGUCAGCUUCUUCUAAUAUUAGAAAUAGUCAUAGAGCGCAUGGAAAACAUUGAUGGCUUUUCUUCAGAAGCCGAUGCUUUUAGAUUGUUGUGACCAAAUAUCUGUUUUUUAAUAUAUAGUUACUGUGUCAUACAGUAAAUUACAUUCCUGUCAUUGAGUUUUGUAAGUUUCAUCAAUGAGUCAGCAUUAUUUAUUCUCCUUUAGUUCAGACUUUGUAUUUAUAUUUCACAAACACUCACAUCAUGAGUUCUUUUGCCAUCUAAAAUGUUAAUAAGCUGCACACAACAGUACAUUCAUUAGUCCCAGUUAAAGGUCAUCUACUCAAACAUGUGAACAUUUCUCGCCGAUGCUUUUUAAAGCUACUUCCAACUACCAUGUUUAUUUUUUAAUAGGUAGCAGAAGGUGUAACAACUAAUAAUUUGCUCUGGGUAUUUUUUUAGUUUAAUAAAUCUUAAUGAUGAUCUGUGCCUUGCUCUGAAUGAUUGGGAGAAUGACAAGAGAAUAGUGUUAGAGGUUUGUAAUUGCCACGGUUAAACACUAAAUACAGUGUAAGUCUGGCUGUCCACUGUAUGUGAAUACUUGCAAUAAACACAUGACUCAGC